AUGAAUAACGGAGUAUUUGUAGAGUCAAUAAAAGUUGUGGAUGAAAUUGAUAAUAUGAUCAAUCUUGAAGGGAAAAUAUUAAUAUAUAAAGUUACUCACGGGAGACAAAAUGUUUCAAUAGAUUACACUACUGAUCUUUGGGAAACAUAUUAUAAUAUGGCUGCAAAAAAAUCGUGUAGUGUUUCAUCAGAAAAAGACUUGUACAUUUUCAAACUUUCAAUCUUUAAAAGCCCAAGUGCUCCACUUUACCUUGAAUUUGCAGUGAAAUGUGAUAUCGCUGCUGAAGUUUUGGAUAAAGGCAAUUUUAAUAUUUUAUAUCCUGAAGAGAAUUGUCGAAGUUUAUUACAAAAACAGGACGUUAAAAAAUUUGCUGGUGAAGAAAAAUUUAUUCGGUAUGAACGACUUUGCCUACUUUAUGCAUUAUCACGUAUGCCAAAUUUUCAUUGGUGUACAAACCAAGAUUGUGACUCUGGGCAAAUACAUGGCAAAAGAGAUUCUGCUCCAAUAAUGACAUGUAGAGACUGUGGACAGAAAUCUUGUGUCUUACAUAACCUUCCAAUUGAUAAUAAUCGUCUCAAUUGCCCUGAAUGUGAAAGAGUUGAACCAACACCAUCGGAUGAAGAAGAGUUACCUAUAGUCAAAACAAAAAAUAAAUAUUUUUCAAUAUUUAAAAGGUUCAAGCCUGAAAGGAAAAAUCAUGAACCAUCACAAACAUUAUUAGAAUUAGAAAAUGAAGAAAGAAAUUCCAGGUUAUCAUUAAAAACUUUUGAAGAACAGAAAACUUUUAUUCGAAGACUAAAACAAU